AUGCUUUCUUUGCAGGUUGCCAUAAAAGUUGUGAAUAAAGAGUAUUUUGAAAUGUUGUACAACUAUGGAUAUAAUACACAUGUGAUCCCGGAAGCACAUACAAUGAUGAUCCUCAAGAGACCUCCGCUCUGCCCGCACAUCAUAGAGCUCUACGAGUAUGCCAUGGAGGGAAGGAGUAACUACCUGGUCAUGGAGUACGCGCCUUCUAACAUAACCUUGGCUAAAUUCAUCAGGAAGAACAAAGGCCGCCUGAGUGAGAGUGUUGCGCGGCUCCUGAUCAUGCAGCUCAUUAUUGCAGCACAGCGCUGCAUUGAGCAUGGCAUACACCAUCAGGACAUGCAUACAGAAAACAUCCUGGUCAAUCCAAAGACCCUUCAGGUCAAGCUGAUUGAUUUUGGCCACAGUUUUUAUGUGAGCAGAUACUACAGGAGAUGCCCCACUCUGGGAGUAAUGAGAUACCGUAAAAAGGAGAAUGAACCCUACAGAUACAUUCUUCAUGCUGUUAGUCAGAGUGUCUGUGCUGUUAGAGGACUGCUGUCAUAUAUGGUCAAUGGAUAUCGCUGUUUCUCCAGAUAUGGGCGUCCACGAUUUCACCCCAGUUUGUCAGCAGAAUGCCGGGAUCUGUUUUGGUGGUUAAUCAGUUUCCGUCCUGAAACAGGACCCGUUUUGGAGGAGAUUUUAGAGCACAAGUGGUUCAGCAUGACAUAGACCCCAUCAGCAGCAGAAAACAGGUUUUCAUUCUUCCAUUUCUGU